GUCACGUGCUACAAAAUUUAUUCGCAAUCCUACCGCCUAGACCUCCGGCGUCGUCUGUCCAGUCCAGUGUUCAGUCCAGUACUAUACAGCGGCCACCACCCCACCACGCCACACACACAGAACUCCAACAUGGCAUCACCACCGCCCUCCAAAUCGACAGCGCUCGUCGCUUCCAAGCCCGCGCGCCCGAAGUCGCACCCGACCUCACUGAGCACGAAAACGCCCGCCGAACUCUCCGCCGCACAAGCGACCUACGGCCGCGGCGCCGUAUCCGCAAAGACGAACGCGAAGGACAAGAAGCUUCGGGGCUCCCUGCGGAAGAUCGAGGAGCGGUACCGGUCCGCGGCGGCGUCAGCCGCCGACGCUGAGCUACUGCGGCCCGAAUCCGGGCCUGGCUUCAUCGAGGCGGAGGGCGAGCUCGAGCGCACGUGGAAGGUUGGACAGGAGCAGAUUCGGCAGGCGGUUGAUGUUGCUACGGCAGAAAAGGGGUUUGGAUUGGAGAUGGAAUUUGGGCCGUAUUACGCGGAUUAUACGAGGGAUGGGAAGGAGCUGGUUAUUGCGGGCAGGAGGGGGCAUGUGGCGACGACGGAUUGGAGGGAGGGGAGGUUGGGGUGUGAACUCCAGCUUGGGGAGACGGUGAGGGAUGUUAGGUGGCUCCAUAAUGAGUCGUUCUUUGCGGUCGCGCAGAAGAAGUAUGUCUAUAUCUACGACCGGCAAGGAGUGGAAGUGCACUGUCUCAAGAAGCACAUCGAAGUCACAGCGAUGGAGUUCCUGCCGUACCACUUCCUCCUCGCGACGAUCGGCAAUGCGGGGUACCUCAAGUACCAAGACACAUCUACGGGAGCGCUCGUCGCCGAACUGCGGACCAAACUCGGCGCGCCGACCGCGAUGACACAGAACCGCCGGAACGCGAUCAUCAACGUGGGGCAUGCGAACGGCACGGUGACGAUGUGGUCGCCGAACAUGUCGACGCCACUGGUGACAAUGUUGACGAACAAGGGCCCAGUGCGCGCCGUCGCCGUGGACCGAGGAGGGUACUACAUGGCGACCGCCGGCGCCGACAGCCGAAUGAACAUCUUCGACAUCCGCACGAUGCGCGAGGUGCACAGCUACUUCACGCCGACACCGGCGUCGACGCUUGCGAUCUCGGACACGGGGGUGCUCGCGGUGGGCUGGGGCGGACAUGUCACACUCUGGAAAGACGCGCUGAAGACGAAACAGACCUCGCCGUACCUCUCGCACCACCAAGAGUCCGCCACGAUCAACUCGCUGCGCUUCUGCCCAUUCGACGAUGUCCUCGGCGCCUCGCACAGCAAGGGCUUCUCCUCCCUCAUCAUCCCCGGCGCCGGCGAGCCAAACUUCGACGCCCUCGAGGUCAACCCCUACGCCACCAAGAAGUCGAAGCAGGAGGCCGAGGUCCGCGCGCUGCUCGAGAAGCUAAGGCCCGAAAUGAUCCAGCUGGAGCCUGACGCCGUCGGCCGCGUCGAUACCCGCCACGCGGACCGCUCCAAGGAACGCCUUGAGGCGGACCAGGAACGGAGACUCCAGGAAGGCCUCGAGAAGGAUGAUAGGUUCCGUACCCGUGGAAGGAACUCGGCGCUGAGACGCAUGCUCAGGAAGAAGAGCGGGAAGAAUGUGAGGGAUGAGAGGAGGGAGAAGCUCGAGAAGCUCAAGGUUGCCAGGCAGGAGAGGAGUAGGGGCGUCGUCACCAAGAGCUUGGGGGCUGCGCUGGAUCGGUUUGGCGCAAAACGGCAGUGAUAGUUACUGGUAUGCGAAGG